AUGGUCGCCAUGCCAUCGGACCUCCAAGUGUUCGUGAAAUGGAAAGAGCAGACAGUCUUCGCCGGCGAAGACGUUGAGUGCACAAUCACCUUCAAAAAUGUUGCAGAGAUCGCGGAGGAAAAGGCCAAUAAUCCGUCCCAUCAGCAACAACACCAGCGCAGAGUGUCCCGACCGCUAAAUGCUUUGAAUGGUAGCAAAAACGAUGGCUAUUUCGCGGCGAAGUCUUCGCCUACGUUCUUUUUCAAUGGGAGUCGAAGGUCCGUUCCAUCGAGUCCUCGCCGGCCGACGCUGGGCUCGCAUCGAGUGUCGGCGUCCUUGAGCUCGCCAUUGACGGGGUCUCACAGCUUUCCUCCUCUGCAUACGCCGUCGCAGUUGAACAAUGGAGCUCCCAACUCGCACAAACACAAACGAUCGGUAUCGAUUUUGUCGAUAGAGAGUGAUAAUGGAGGUGCAUUGGAGAAGUCACCAGCAACACAAUUCUCUCGUUCACGGCCAUGGGGUCACGGGCGGUCUGCGAGCUUACAGAUGCCUCCUAGCCGCUCGAAUGGAUUGGAUGAAUUCUUGGGAAACGGCAGGAAUUCAGCUAGAGGCAUCCCGAAAGAAUCGGCUCUCAGCCCGCGACUUGAGGCUGAAAAGACCGGUCGAACUAUCCCUACAAGUCCAAGCAAUGCAAGUCAUUUGAGAAGCCCUCGUACCAGACCUCCAUCAUUUCCUACGGAUUUCAAGUUUCCACCAAGCCCGGACCCUGCAGCUGAGACGGACGGCAAUACCAAUGGUGCUCCUGCAGCCGCAAAUGAUGGUCCAGCGUCGCGACCGCUGUCGAAACAGCCUCCAUCUCUGACGCAGCAAGCACAUUUGGCUCCUGCAACAAGGAUCCUCUCGAGCUCUAGCGCCAAUGGAAGCAAUAGAAGCAGUGGCGAGUUCUAUGCGGCGAGUAACAACUCAACCGAUACACUCGAGUCUGAAUACACGAAUUACGGUGGGAAUAGAUCAAAGGCCAAUCUAGUUAAACAUCGACGGCAUUACUCGAGUUUGGAGCCGAUUGGCAGGAAAAGAGAUGCAUUGACUCUGUUGAUGGGGUAUGCCCAGGUCAGCGCAUCGUUUACUGUUGACGGCGCUCUGAUCAACCAAUCGGCAUUUGAGGAAGUGAAGCGCAAAGGUGUCGUUGGUGGGCAGACCAGCGGCCGUAAGCAGGAGAAACCGCGGCGCACUGGUGGGUUUUUGGGCGCAUUUGGAUGGGACGCGAUUGAAGAAUCUAUAAGCGGGUUGCUAUCGAACGGCGAUCUCGAGGGUUUGAGGGAUAUGAGAGGAGUUACCUCUUCCAACUCUAUUCCUCUCCUUUCGACACCACAGUCCCUUCUUUUUGUUGAUUUGCGACUCGGUCCUGGAGAGGAAAAAUCAUAUUCGUUUUCUUUUACUUUACCUCGAGGUCUGCCGGCUAGCCACAAGGGAAAGGCUAUAAAAAUAUCCUACAAUCUGGUGAUUGGUACGCAGCGACCAAGCGGUCCAAAGGAAUCGCAACAAGUCAACCGGAUCAACGUACCGUUUCGAGUUUUUAGUGGAGUUAAUGAUCAAGGAGAUGUUCUUGGCCAUGACCUUAUGCAACCUUACGUCUUACUACGUGAUGAAGCGCGUGUGCAGAAAGUGAGUAGCACACCACGUCCGCCUCAAAAAGACAAAAGUAUAAGUGGUCCGACAUGGGCUACGGCUCCUGAAUUUUUGUCGUAUGUAGACGAAAUCCUGGAGAAGCAUGAGACACAACAUCUCCGCACCCCUGGACCACCAUUGGGUACACCACUCGAGAGAAGACGCUCCAGCACUGGACAGGGACCGCCUCCCACCUGUAAAGAAGCGAUUGAGUUUGCCAUUCUUCGAAGUAACCAUGUUAACACUUCCAAUCGGAGCGCAAACCGGUUUGAUAUCGCCCGGAAUGGCCGUCGCAUUGCCGUGGUCGUUCUCAACCGUCCAUCUCAUCGAUUAGGCGAGACGAUUCUUGCCACGAUUGAUUUUACAGAUGCAACCCUACCAUGCUUCUCUUUACGAGCGACGUUAGAGACCUCUGAAAAAGUUGAUCCCUCAUUAGCAUUACGAUCCAACACGAGCAUCCAUCGAGCUACUCGACGUAUAUACGCUUCUUAUUUCGAAAACACACUCUUCUCCACACGAGUGGUCUUUAGCCCUGCGAUCCCAAUCUCAGCGACACCCACAUUGUUGACUACUGGUAUCAAGCUCGACUGGGAUCUGCGCUUCGAGUUUGUCACGACACAUUCCAAACAUGACACAAAUGUGAGUCUGUCUGGGAACGGACUUUUGGAGCUGCUUGGUCAAGAUGAGCGAGGGUCGGUUUAUUCUGCGUUGGAGAAUCUGCCUAGCGAGUCAUUUGAAAUUGCGAUUCCGUUGACUGUUUAUGGCGAGACGAUUCGGGAGCCGUUGGCUGAGGAGGUUGAGGGCUAUUCCAUUUAG